CGAUCGAAACGCAUUUAGAAUUGGAACACUAAGAUGGCGGCCGUAGCUGUGGUGAGGGCAGAUACAACGGGUUCUGUGGCCUCGAGCUUUGAACAACUACUUCCCAAAGCGAAGGAAAAGUUGAAAGAUAAGGUUAAAGACACACUGGAUCCGCUUAAAGUCUUAGAUCCGGUCAGAAAAAAGCUCACAUCGGUCGAGGCACAACGAGUUAUAGCUGUCGUUGAUGAUUCGAUCAAGAGAUUGGAAUUAGUUUCACUGUUGCCUCACAUUAUCGAGAACUUGAACCGUUUCUCGGUGAUUCUUGGAUCCGAUCUGGUUCAGGUUUUGGAAGAGCAUGAUCGUGUACAAGCCUCUUAUCAGAAAGCCGUUUCGAAAUUCUCACUCGAGCAAAGGCGCACUCAGUCCGCUUCCCCCACAGUAUCGAAUGUUUCAUCACGUCGUUCUAGUGAAGCUUCCCAAGCUGUGUCAGAAAACCAAGACGGAGUCGUCAAAGAACCUGUUGUUCUGCAGGAAAGCAGGGCAAGUUCUGCUUCAAGGAAGCGUUCCUUAAGCCAAAAACCAGGUCGUUUAAGCCCACUCCAAGCGAGCGACGAUCAGGCUGUAGACCUCAAAGUAGUGUAUGGCCUCAGCACACACAUGAAGCAUUCUGUCAAAAAUAUCUUGCGUUUGUUUGCUUCUAAUCCAGCAACCAUGAAUGCACUCAAAGACCUUAGGAACGAACGGUCGGCCGAAGUGAAUGGAAUGAUCGACGAACUGGUUACCUUGAGAGCGAUUCUGUUUGAGAAGUUGCUAACAACACCAAGCGAGGAGAAAGAGAGGAGACAGUAUUUGAAGCAGAUUGUUGCGAGGGAGAUGAAAUCCAGUGAAACUGGACGAAAACUUCAAGAGGAACUGAAGAGAGCUAUCGAUGACAAAGAAAAUGAGAUUUCCAAGAGGAAUGACAUCAUUCGAAGACUGAAAAAUGACAUCUACAAUGUUGAGAAGACUGCAGAGGAGCAAAGUCGCAGGAUCAUAACUGAGGCAGCCAAACAAGAUGCAUCAGAAAUGAAAACUUCUGACAGCAAGAAAAGCAAACUACAGCAGGAAAUUAUAGAGCUGAAGAAGAAACUAGAGUCAGACACACUAGCUCAUAGAGAGAGUGAACUGGCUUUGCGAAAGCGAAAAUACAAGAUUGAAACAGAGGUAGAGAACUGGAUUCAAAAGUUUGAUACUGAUAUGGGAGAAAGACAGGACGAGUUUGAUGCUUUAGAUGCAAUUUACACGGAAGAAAAGAGACAGCUUAACGAACUGGAGGAGCGUUUCAAGACGCUAGAAAAGGAAUAUCUAGAAAUCGUGGAGGCGAGAAGAAUUGCUAAAGAAAAAGCUGAAGCUGCGGAAAAAGAAUUGAAUCUGAAAAUACGCGCCGCCAGACUCAUCCAGUCGCUAUGGCGCGCGCACAAGGCGAGAAAGGCGCUGAAGAAUAAAAAGAAAAAAGGAAAGAAAGGCAAAAAGGGCAAGAAAAGUGGAGGAAAGAAGAAAAGAUAGUGAGAUGCUACGAAGGCAUAGGCAAAUUAAGACGACGAUUUUUCAAGCAUGAGCAUAAAAGUGGGGACAGCCGGACAUAAGCAUGAGCAUAAGAAUAUCAAAACCUUGCGCUUUUCUUAUGUUUAUGCCUCUGUCUCUGUUAUGUACAGCGGGGACGUGGUUGGCAUAAGCAUAAGCGAAAGACUUUCAGUCAAUCAGCGAGCACUUUAUGCUUAUGUCAACCAUUGCCUCACUGAACAUAACACCGACAUAUGUAUCAACAGAAGCAGAGGGAUGAAUGAAUGAUUAUACUUAUGUCGCAUCCGUCCGCAAUAACGCGUAAGCUUCUUAUGUUUAUGCUUAUACUUGCGUCGCAAGUGAGAUCCGGGCUUGGUUUGCAAUGGAAGCUACUUCAGCAGUAAAAUGGCGUUUGUACACAUGCGCUGUUCAUUCAUCUUGGUACAUCUUGUUCAUAUACUGAGGCGCUUUCCAUUCAACAAAAAUUCCAAGAAUUCCGAAAUGGGGAAAUUUGGUACGGAAAUUUCCCAGAAAAGUGUUCAGAAAGUCCGAAAAUUGUUGAGUUUCCGAAAAGCCUACUAUUCCAACGAAAAUUCCGGAACAUUCUUGGAGGAAAACCAAUGGAACGGAAAAUUUCGGUAAGACAUUUCCGUAAAUUUGACUAUACCUCGCGAGGUUGUCCCCUUUUCCAAAAGUUUCCGAAAAUGUUAUACUCGUCACUGGCAAUUUGCAGAAAUUGAAACCAGAAUUUUACAUCGAAUGGAUAGUGCCCUGAGUUUUUUGGAGAACUGACAUCGAGGCAGUGCAAAACAAAUCAAAUUCCAUUGUUUUUUAGGAUUGUAUUGUGACUUUGCACAUAGCUGUAAUUAUGAAAGAGCGAGAUACAAAACUUAGAAAAAAGCAAACAGAAUGGUUAAAAAUAACCGCGAGUAAGAUAAAAAUUCAUGUUUUUGUGAACUGACAUCGACGUUACAUCGAAUCGUCGUCGUGCGAAUUGGCUUAAUCGUUGUAGUUAAUGUACAAUAUAAUUGUAAAUAUUCAAACCAUGUAGUGCAAAAAGUAGCACGAAAUAAAAACAAAGCAUGUUCUUUAAAGGAAUUGACAAAAAGGUAUUUUUAUCUGUUGCAGAGUAUUCUGAUUAACUUAACUUAUUUCAAACUGCUGUAACAGUUUGUUAGCGUGUGUAUCAAUCCCUUUCUGAGGGGAGGGGAGAAGGAAAAGCCUGCUUCUCAAGUUAACUCAUUGACCAAGACAUUUCAGGCGACUUUGAUGACAAGACAAGCAACUUUCGGAGGUUUGAUCCAAAUUCGAAAAACCUGACUGUACACUUGUAAAAAUCAGACCUUUCUUUUAGAAUAUAUCCAGCUUAGGCUAAUGAGAGACAAUUAUACGGUAUAAAAGAGCGAGCAGUCCUUCGAGGUCCUUGAGCGAGAAAAUAAAUUUACACAGCGACUCACAAGGGCUGUUUAUAAAAGAAAAAAGAGACUGUUUGCCGUCCUACCCAUCACGGAUCGGAGCUCGGAGUUUUCUUAUUCCAACCCGUGAGAGUAUUACAGCACUGAAUAACUCAAUAAUAUCACUGUAUACCCUCCAUACCACAGUGGAGCUGGCGGCAAGUUAGUUCGAUUGCCGCCCUCGGGUUCAGUUCCCGAAGGUGCUCCCGAGAAUCGAGGGGAAGAGGGCGGGCUCGUUUUCCCGAACAGUG